AUCUUUUCCUUGAGCAGUUUCAGAGAAGGAUUGUGCAACCUUGCCAUUUUUUACUUAAGGGUUUGAAGUCCAGUCAGGCUGUUUCCACACAAUAGCGUUCUUCAGCCCAGUGGAGCACACACCUGCUUGGCUUAGAGUCAGACUCCCAACUAAACCUCACUCAAGUUUGGGAAAAGCAUUUCUGGGACGGCAGGAUGAAGUUAAAGGAGAUUGAUCGUACUGCUAUGCAGGCAUGGAGCCCUGCCCAACAACAUCCCAUUUACCUGGCUACAGGUACAUCUGCUCAACAGUUGGAUGCAACUUUCAGUACCAAUGCUUCUCUGGAAAUAUUUGAACUGGACUUGUCUGAUCCUUCGUUGGAUAUGAAAUCCUGUGCAACUUUCUCCUCCUCGCACAGGUACCAUAAAUUGAUAUGGGGACCUCAUACAAUGGCUUCAGAUGGUAGUCUUUCUGGAGUUCUAAUUGCAGGCGGUGAAAAUGGAAAUAUUAUUCUGUAUGAUCCAUCUAAAAUUAUGGCUGGAGAGAGUGAAGUUAUAAUUGCACAGAAAGACAAGCACACUGGGCCAGUAAGAGCUUUGGACGUGAAUAUUUUCCAGACAAACCUUGUAGCAUCAGGUGCUAAUGAGUCUGAAAUCUAUAUCUGGGACUUGAACAACUUUGCCACACCAAUGACACCAGGAGCUAAGACCCAGCCUCCAGAAGACAUCAGCUGCAUUGCAUGGAACAGGCAAGUCCAGCACAUCUUGGCGUCUGCCAGUCCUAGUGGUCGUGCUACUGUGUGGGAUCUGAGGAAGAAUGAGCCUAUCAUCAAAGUCAGCGACCACAGCAACCGGAUGCACUGUUCAGACUUGGCUUGGCACCCUGAUGUGGCUACACAGAUGGUCCUGGCUUCCGAAGAUGACAGGUUGCCUGUAAUUCAGAUGUGGGAUCUUAGGUUUGCUUCUUCUCCUCUUCGUGUUUUGGAAAACCAUACAAGGGGUAUUUUGACCAUUGCUUGGAGUAUGGCAGAUUCUGAGCUGUUACUCAGCUGUGGAAAGGAUGCUAAGAUUCUCUGCUCUAACCCUAAUACAGGGGAGGUGUUGUAUGAGCUUCCCACAAAUACCCAAUGGUGCUUUGACGUUCAGUGGUGUCCCAGAAACCCUGCUAUCCUUUCAGCUGCUUCUUUUGAUGGACGGAUCAGCAUUUACUCCAUCAUGGGAGGGAGCACAGAUGGUUUGAGGCAGAAACAGGUAGACAAGCUUUCAUCCUCCUUUGGGAAUCUUGAUCCAUUUGGCACGGGGCAGCCCCUCCCUCCGUUGCAGCUUCCACAGCAGACAACUCCUCAGAGCACUGUUCUACCAUUAAAGAAGCCACCCAAAUGGGUCCGACGGCCUGUGGGUGCAUCAUUUUCAUUUGGAGGGAAGCUCGUUACAUUUGAGAAUAUAAAGUCUCAUCAACAAGUAGCUGAGCAGCAGCAGCACCACCACGUGUAUGUGAGUCAAGUUGUUACAGAGAAAGAGUUUCUGAACCGCUCGGAUCAGCUGCAAGAAGCUGUGCAAUCCGAAGGCUUCAUCAACUACUGUCAGAAAAAAAUAGAAGCUGCCCAGACUGAUUUUGAGAAAAAUGUGUGGUCUUUCUUAAAGGUGAAUUUUGAAGAAGAUUCUCGUGGCAAAUACCUUGAACUUUUGGGGUACAGGAAGGAUGACCUAGGGCAAAAGAUUACUUCAGCUCUGAAUAAAGAGAGUCUUGUAGAUGGCAAACCAGAGGAGGCUCUUGAAGAAUCAGACCAAUCAGUACAAAGUGAUGAUGAAGAUAGCCAAGCUACUGAAGAGCCGUUCUUGGGAGAGAGAACAAAAGAGGAGACUGAAGAUCUGACAUCUGGAAAAGAAACGUUUAACAUCUCUGUCAGUGGAGAUGUUGAUGGUUUGAUUACCCAGGCUUUGCUGACUGGUAACUUCGAAAGUGCGGUUGAUCUCUGCUUACAUGAUAAUCGCAUGGCUGAUGCCAUCAUAUUGGCCAUAGCAGGUGGACAAGAGCUGCUGUCAAGGACGCAGAAAAAGUACUUUGCUAAGAUGCAAAGCAAAAUUACCAGGCUCAUCACUGCCGUUGUGACAAAGAACUGGAAGGAGAUAGUUCAGUCAUGUGAUUUGCAAAACUGGAGAGAGGCGCUGGCUGCUGUGUUGACUUAUGCUAGGCCAGAUGAAUUUGCAGCUCUCUGUGAUCUGUUGGGCACUAGACUUGAAAACGAAGGGGACAAUCUCCUGCAGACACAGGCUUGUCUGUGUUAUAUUUGUGCUGGGAAUGUAGAGAAACUAGUUGCGUGUUGGACUAAAGCUCAGGAUGGAAACAGCCCCUUGUCCCUUCAGGACCUCAUUGAGAAAGUAGUAAUCCUGCGUAAGGCUGUGCAGUUUACACGAUCUAUGGACGCUGAUGCUGUCGGGGCUCUUCUGGCUGAGAAGAUGAGUCAAUAUGCCAAUCUGUUGGCUGCACAGGGCAGCAUUGCUACUGCAUUGGCUUUCCUUCCGGCAGACACCAACCAGCCAAAGAUCAUGCUGUUGCGGGACAGACUUUGCAGAGCCCAGGGAGAACUUCCAAUGGGACAGGAGACACCAAAGUCCCCGUAUGAGAGAGAACCCAUGCCCAAGGGAAGAGCUGGACCUGUGGCUGGACAAAUGCAGAUGCCCCAAGGCCCAGUCCAGCAGUAUUAUCAGCAGGGAGACCAUCCUCCACCCCCAGGUUUUAUUAUGCCACCCGGGGCUGCUCAUCCGAAUGUGUCGCCACAUCAGGCCGCCUCUCCCGGCUACAACGUGUACCCGCAGGCGGGGGCACGACAGCCGUACCCGCAGACUUAUCAGCCAACACAGCAGUAUUCUUUUGGAACGGGGGGACCAGCACUCUAUCAGCCUCAACAACCUAUUGCUCCUCCUGCUUCAAACUCCUACGCUAACCCUCCCUAUAUGCCUCCUGCUUCUCCCCAUUCCGCGCUCUCUCAGUUAUACCCAGGACAGCCUCAACCCUCUCCAACAAGCUUGAAUCCUGGCUCUUCUUUCCCUGCCCCUCCUUCUGGUGCAUCCUUCCAGCAUGGCAGACAAGGAGCUCCAGCAACUUCUGUGGCUUAUGCACUGUCUACUGGACCAACAGGUACUCUGCCUGCAACCAAUGAGCUUCCUGCAUCCCAAAGAACAGAAAAUCAGUCUUCUCAAGACCAGGCCUCUACCCUGGAAGGACCUCAAAAUGGUUGGAACGAUCCUCCUGCAUUGAACAGAAUGACAAAGAAGAAGAAGAUACCUGAUAACUUCAUGCCUCCUGUUCCCAUCACAUCCCCAAUAAUGAAUCCUCUGCCAGAUCCACAAUCCCAGAUGCAGCAGCCUCCAACUUCACUGCCACCUGCAGCCCAGGCUACAUUUCAGCCCUCACAUCUUCCAUCAGGGCAGCCCAUUUUACAAAAUCCUUUCCAGCCUAUUCAGCAGCCUCUGGGGCAGUCAGUCAUGCCUCCGGCUAUCUCAAAAACUAGUACAGAGGGGGCACCAGGAGCUCCAAUUGGCAAUACCAUACAGCAUGUGCAGUCGUUGCCAGCGGAGAAGAUUACAAAGAAGCCUAUUCCUGAUGAGCACCUUAUUCUGAAGACCACAUUUGAAGCUCUCAUCCAGAGAUGCCUGUCAUCUGCCACAGAUCCACAAACGAAGAGGAAAUUAGAUGAUGCCAACAAACGCCUGGAGUUUCUGUAUGACAAACUUAGGGAACAGACACUCUCCCCAGCAAUCGUCAACGGCUUGCACAGCAUUGCAAAGAGCAUCGAAACGCGCAACUACACAGAGGGACUGAACAUCCACACCCACAUAGUCAGCACCAGCAACUUCAGCGAGACGUCUGCCUUCAUGCCAGUGCUGAAAGUCGUCCUCACCCAAGCCAAUAAGCUGGGGGUCUGAUGUGACCCCUCUCCCUCGCCUAUGCAGAGCUUGUGAUGUCACUUUUCCAAAGAAGUACAUUUCUGCAAAACGUGUGCAAGAAGGGGACCAAAUACCAGACCUUAUAGCAUAUUGCAGUAGAUCUCUGAUCAAUGGCAUGACACUAUCCCUACAGAUAUACGUCAUCUUAGAAUGGCUUUCGAGCCCUGGUGCUUUUUUAUUUUAAUCUUUUAUCAUCCCUAAUGAUUCCUGUCUACAGACAGUAUAUUUAAUGGAUUACAUCUCGUGUUGUCAAUUUUAAGUGCAUGUUGUACACUAAACAGUGGUUUUUAAUACAGAAGUGAGUGGGAAAAGCUGAUGGUAGGUUGUGUAUCAGACAGAUCUUAUAACACAUUCUUUCCACCUCCCCUCCCAUUCCUCCAUAUCCACCAGAUUAAAGUGUCUGAUCCUCUUUUUAAGUGUAUUUUGUCAUUCAUUUUAUUCCAAUUAGAUGUUAAAUAACUUAAAUUUGCACUGGGGCAAAUAAGAAAAAUAAAGGCUGAUGUGAUCUUUUCAAUAAAAGGUUAAUUUAU